UUUAUUGACAACCCGUCACAGCCGUCAGUUCUAGAUGUCAAUUCGGCCGUGUUAAGGUGGAAAAAUAGCAAUUGUACAGAUAAAAUGCAAGAUGUAAUAGUUUGUAUAAAAGAGUAACUACUAUUUAAAAUAAUUUUUCGGGUAGUUAAUGUAAGUGAAUGUGAAAUUGCAUUGUAACCUUUGGUUUUUCGGUUAAAAUUGCCUGAAUUACAACAGCUGUUGUAUAGUAGAAAUUGCGGUCGGUCGUGAAUUCAGUGUAUCGAAAAGAAGAAGAGUUCUUACCUUAGUGUUUAUUUUUGGAAAAAAGCAAUACUCUGCACCGUGCAGCCUGUGUACUAGUUAAAUAAAUUAAUUUCUGAGAUAUAGAUUUAAACGCUGCCCCUGCUGCAUUCAUCCAAGGGCAGGCACAGAAUACGUGAAACGUUUGAAUUGUUGGUAAGACCAAAGCAGGCUGAAAGUCGAAUCAGUUUCGUGGGUUAUUAAACUUGUUGCUCCCCCGCCGUGUUGAUUACCUAUAUAGCAUUCGCUCAACAACAUCUUUCAAUUUAAACGUGUAUCCUGUGCCCUUCAGUACGUACGAAAACGGCAUCGCGGUGGAUAACUUUUACCUUAGAAUGGAUCCUUCGCGAGGAGACUCGCGGUAUAACCUUAACUACUCUAUGAGUAGCAUUGGACUUUCGCUAGCCGACCAGGCUGACAUGUAUGGCAAUCCAGCGGCAGUAGCCGCCCUUGGGCGUCCUCCAAGCGCUGGUUUGUUGCAAAGUAUGGGUGGGGGAGCUGGUGGUUCAGGCGUAGGUGGAAUAACAUCACGCUCUUCCGGUAGUUUAAUGUCAAGUGCACAACAAUGUCAGUCUCUAAGCAAUAAUUCUGGAAGUCAUGGAGCCGGACAACAACGUGGUAUUAAAAGAUCUGGUUCCGAUUGCUACGACGAACCGCACCAUCGUGUGCCAAACGCCGGCGGCACUAGUGGAUUAUCAAGUUUACAAGGCCUCGAAAAUUGUGGUGGAGGUGGAGGACAACAUGGUAGUCAACAACAACCACAAUCUAGUGGCUCUGGUGGCAUUGUGACAGAAGUGGUGGAUGACAAUUAUAAUUCAUUGCAGAGUAAGAAAUCACCGCCUGCAAAUGGAAAGAAAACCAAAGGACGCGUCAAAAUUAAAAUGGAGUACAUUGAUAACAAACUGAGACGCUACACCACAUUUUCUAAACGCAAAACGGGGAUCAUGAAAAAGGCUUACGAAUUGUCCACGUUAACUGGUACACAAGUUAUGCUUUUAGUUGCUUCAGAGACUGGUCAUGUGUAUACAUUUGCAACCCGCAAGUUACAACCAAUGAUAACAUCAGAAGCAGGGAAACAGCUUAUUCAGACGUGUCUAAACUCUCCAGAUCCGCCUAGUGUUGGUGGCGGGGAUCAACGUAUGUCAGCGACAGGCUUCGAAGAAACCGAACUCAGUUACAACAUAGCAGAUGAGGACUCAAAAGUAAGACAAUUAAUUUAUGGUCAUCAUGGUCACGCUCAUCUAGGGCAUCCUCAGGCUCCCGCGUCUCAUUACGGUCUCGACCAAAGUUUAAUGCAAUCCCCAUAUAGUGGAGGCCAACCUUCCCCAUUAUCCCAUUCGCAAGCAUAUGCGCAUGGACAUGCUCAUCAUUCGCACGUUUCACACGUGCCUCAUUCAACACAUUCCCAUAUGUCCCACACGCAUCCCCAGCGGUAGGAGUUUUGGUAUCACCCAUGCUUAGUAACAAUUAAAAUGUAGGACGAUAACGUGAGAAAUAUUUCCCAACACAUUAUGUACACACUGUUACAUAUCAAGGGCAUAUUUAACUUAUAAUUCAAUGUUGAGUUUCAGAACAUGAGUCACUACGUAUCGAGAUUCAAUUUGAUAUUUAUACUCAAAUCAAUUCUUAUGAGGCUAAAUAUCGGCCCAUCGCAUUAUUAAUAUAAUCAUACAUACCCAUUGCUACACAAUAAUACGAAAAAUGUACUUGACGAUCUCGCCCUACACAUGAUAUACAUAAGAUGUUAGUGUAAUCCAAAAAGCAUUUAUUGAUAGACAUAUAUACGUACAUAUAUGUAAAUAAUAAAAAUAAAAUAGAUAUCUGUUGAUACAUACAUAUAUGUAUAUGUGAAUAAUAAAAUUAUGAUGCCAAUGCCCGAGCAAAACUUAACAUUUUCCAGUACAACCCAAACUAGUCAUUUUUGAUGCUAUUUCCCUCUUGGUCUUAAGGGAACACAGAUCUAAGAAGUUAGCACAAUGAUCGCUGGGUCUAUUGAGUUUUUGGUAGACUUCAGGUCCUUUUGCAAAUAUCAACCGAUGAAGGUGAAAUCAUACUACUUUUAUAGAUAUUUACACACUAUUUCAAUAAAAUAAAACAAGUGCCAUAUUUUAUCUAUUAAUUGAAACAUAGUAAUAUAUGUAUAUAUAUAAAUAAUUAAAUAAAUAAAAUUGAUUCUGCUUUAGUAAGAACAUUAUUUUUUUCGCUCAAUGUGCCAUUCAACAUUAGCUUUUUUACUGUGUCAUUCCACUACAUGUUUAUCUCCCAUUAUAUAUGUGACAAGAUUAAUAAUGGAUAUCCAAAAAUUUUACUACAUCCAAAAAUAGUGCCAUAUUUACGUAAUAAACUAAUAUACAUUUUUAAGGAUUGAUUGUGCAAUUAUGUCAUGAUAAGAAUAUAACAUUAAUUCCAAGCCCUAAAUAGUUUUUUUUUAUAUUUCUACUUAAAUAUGUUGUUACUAAAUGGGUAUGUCAAGUGAAAAUAAACCCCUGGGUGCCAAAGAAUUCUGAAAUUCUCUUGGUGUUAACGACAAAUAUUGGUAACAAACAAAAUUCAAAAUCGUUGAUUUUAUUUAUUGUUUUGCAUCUGCCGAUAACUGUCGUUUGUAGUUUCCGCGUUUCACUUUACUAUAGAAAGGAGGCCAUUUAACGCAGCUUUACGCUAUUUUUAUUUCUAAAAUUAAUUUAUUGUAAUCUACGCAAAAAUGAUGAGCGUGUACCCAUGCAUUAUAGUUAAUAAUGCUACGUCUAAAUAGAUAAUAAACUACAAAAAUAGUUAUAACAUAAAUACAUUUUUAGAUAGAUAAAUAUUAUAUUUUGGUUUUGCAUAUCAAUUAGUUGCAUGCUCUUGUUUAAAGUAUAAUCCAGUUCCCAGUAAACUCGAUUUAGUUGUUGAAUCUCAUUGGAUAAUUAACCAUUGGGAGUGUAUUUUGCUCUCUGCAUUGGAUUUAUCAAUGAUUACAUUAUAGCAUUACAAUACAAUACAUAUUUAUUUAUAUUGGUAGAUAAUUGUUUAUUAUACAGGUAUAUGAAAUGUUAAAAAAUAUUUGAAGAGACAAAAUCAUGAGAAUAGUGUUGUUCUGUCAAACAGAAUCCAUAUGUAUCGUAACAAGAUAACUCUAAGACAACUGUAUAUUGCAAAUUAUAAAUACAGAUAAACUAAUUAUAGUUUUUAUAUUAGUAUAUACAACAACA